CAAAUGGUGUGGGUUUUUAUCAUGAAUCGAAUGAGCUCCCAGAGCAAUUCAUCCACUCAGCGUAGGCGAAUGGCUCUAGGAAUUGUCAUUCUUCUCCUCGUUGACGUGAUAUGGGUUGCCUCUUCAGAACUCACUUCUUAUGUUUUUACAAAGUACAACAAACCUUUUUUCAGUACAUUUGCAAAAACGUCCAUGUUUGUUCUAUACCUCUUGGGAUUUAUUGUUUGGAAACCAUGGAGGCAACAGUGUACUCGUGGGUUUCGUGGAAGGCAUGCAGCUUUUUUUGCAGAUGCUGAAGGUUAUUUUGCUGCUUGUACAACAGAUAACACUGUAAACAGUUCUCUGAGUGAACCUUUAUAUGUUCCUGUAAAGUUUCAUGAUUUGCCAACUGAAAAAAAUGGCAGUAAUAAUAGUGAUGCAGAGAAAACUCCCAAAAAGCCUCGUGUCAGGUUCAGUAAUAUUAUGGAGAUUCGACAGCUCCCGUCGAGCCAUGCAUUGGAAGCAAAGUUGUCUCGCAUGUCGUAUCCAACGGUUAAGGAGCAGGAAUCAAUAUUGAAAACUGUGGGAAAACUCACUGCAACUCAAGUAGCAAAAAUUAGCUUUUUCUUUUGCUUUGUGUGGUUCUUGGCAAAUUUUUCUUAUCAAGAAGCUUUGUCAGAUACCCAAGUUGCCAUAGUUAAUAUCUUGUCGUCAACCUCUGGGCUUUUUACUUUAAUCUUAGCUGCAGUCUUUCCCAGUAACAGUGGAGAUAGGUUUACCCUGUCCAAAUUAUUGGCUGUUAUUUUAAGCAUUGGUGGUGUGGUACUUGUUAACCUUUCUGGAUCUGAGAAAUCUUCUGGAAAAGAUACGAUAGGUUCCCUUUGGUCUCUUGUAGGAGCAAUGCUGUAUGCUGUGUACAUAGUGAUGAUAAAAAGGAAAGUAGAUAGAGAAGAUAAACUUGACAUACCAAUGUUCUUUG